UUAAGCCACUACCAUAAUUACUGUCACACAUACGUGAUAUAAUUCAUUAUAUCAGCAAAUAAUAAUAUUACAUAAAAGGUUUCUUUAUAAUUGGAUUAACAUUAUUAAGUAAAUACAGGUGCUUCGUUAUAUGAACAGUAAAUCUGAGGACAGAAAGUUCACUUAGUGUGUUAUACGGCACUGGGCUAUCGUCUAAUCAUUCUUUCUUACAUAUCUCAUUAAAGAUUAUCAUUUUUAGAAGGAAUCAAAGUAAAAUCAAGAGAAAAGAUUUCAUUUUUUUGGCUUUUGACGAUGAUUUUUCAUCAUUGAUAUCACUAUUAAUAUUAAAUAUGCAUUUGAUGCUUUUUAAUUACGGUUUCUUUUGUCUCUUGACUCCUCUAUUGACGAUAUUAAUAGUUUUCUUUUAUAUUUAUCGUCGUAUCGUCGAAGCAGUAUUGAAGCAUCAAUUGAAAGACAGAUUCAUUGGUCUCUUGGAUGGCACCGAUUGCAUUUGGGCUAUCGAAGAACCUUCUGCCCUUUCUAUCAUAAACGUUCUUGUAGUUUUGGAGAAGGAUCAAGUUAAUUCGAACGUCUUAGAAUGCUUUAGAAAUUUAAUUAAAGAUCGGUUAAUUGGUUCACCUUUCGAAAAGAUACUUUAUCGUAAAAACAAGAAAUAUGGUUACUAUUUUUGGGAAAGAGCUGAAGAGAUAGAUUUAAAGGAAAGGAUUAAAUGGCUCGAACACGAUCAAACACAUUGCGAUGGAUACUGCGAUGACAUUUAUAGCGAAUCGUUUAAAAAAACAUUGGAAUGGAAGUGUAAUCAACCACUUCCUCAACAUCAUUCAGUAUGUUGGGAAAUAUUAAUUUCGAAGAAUUGUUCACGCGUAAGUAGUCAACACGUUCGCCGUAUGGAAGAAAGCCGUUCUAGUACCGAUCGUGGAAGAAGAAAUAAGAUCAAGAUCCCCGUUUUAUUUCGUAUUCAUCAUGCUGUCGGAGAUGGAACUGCUCUUUUAAAAUUAUUCUUGGAAACUAUUGCUGAUAAAUCUAACGAAGUCUCGACUAUCUUGAAAGAAAAGUGUACAUUAAGGGGACGUCAAAGAAAGAAUUGUGAAAGAACGUCGUUGAACGUGCCUAUAUUUACUCACUGUGUUAAAGAUUUUAACGUCUACUGUGGACAGUCUCGUUAUUCGGAUAGCGUGCUUUCUGUCUGUAUGCCCUUUGCCAAUCCACAUAGCCUUCGAAUCUUAAAGACGAUCGUACAGAAUUAUUUAAACGCAAAAAUCAAAUACUUCGAACAUAUUACCUUUAAUAAAUUUAAAAAUGAAAUGCAGAUAUUGCUAUGUGAUUGGUGGAUCAUUUUGAAGGAGUUUUUGAUGAAAGAAGUUUAUGAACAUGUUAAAAACUUUGGCAAAAUUCUAAUUGUUUUUAUUUUAAUGCCCUCGUAUUUAAUGGAAAAGGCCAUUCGCAGUAUGGAUAAAAAUUCUCUUCACGGGCCUAAGUUAACUGGGAAGAAAAUAAUUACUUAUUGGUCAGAAGAUGAUUACAGAAACUCCAGUCAUCAAAAACUUAUAAUGAAGAUCAAAGAAAUAAAACAUAUUACUGAAGCAAGAUUUGUAGAAGUUUUCUUAGCAGCGUUGUCUUCCAGUUUGCAUAAAUAUUUUUUACGCAUCAACGAAGUUCCACCUAAUUCAUUGACUGUUGUACUGCCAGCUAAAAUGGGAAAUCCAAAGGAACAGUUGUCCAAUGAUAUCUCGGUUGGCCUACUUCCUUUGUGCAUUUCCGAGAUAAAUGGCAAAGUAUAUUCGAAUUUAGACGAAGACUCAAGAACUAUUGAACGUCUACAAGAUAUAAUGAAACUUAAUAACAAACUACAAGAAGAUCUAGAUUAUAUGAUCAAUUUUUGGGUAAUGAAGUUUCUCUCAGCCGUAUUACCAGAAAUACUGUUGAAACCUUUGAUAGAGAGUCAUAGUACGAUGAUUCUUAGCAAUUUACCUGGGUGUCAAGAAGUACGCAUUGUGGGAUAUCCUGUGAAAAAUAUUAUUUUUUGGAUACCGAACAAAAGUAAUACAGGCAUCGGAUUUUCUCUCUUCACUUAUAACGAACAAGUACAUUUAUCCGUAGUUGCUGACAAAGCUUUGGUAAAGAACGAAAAAGUUUUUUCCAAAAUAUUAGGAAACACUGUCUAUGAAAUCGAACAACUUUAUGAGAGCUUAACAUCCACGCGUUUCUCGAAAAAGUUUCAAUUUAAUGAGAAAGCACCCAUGGACAAAGAAAUUGGCGUGCCAUGAUUUUGUUUUGGAUUCUGUGAAUGAAAGCACGUUAACUUUUCAUAAAAUAUAUUUUUUCUAUUACAAUAUUAAUAUCAAAUUUGAUAUAUCGUUUACAUGUUGAUGUUUUAUUUUUUCGUGCGUGUAUAUAAAUUUGAUAUACUAAAACGUUACUUUCUGCUUCAUUAUAUGAAAUUGAUAGAGAAAUAGUAAGACGUUACUAAAUAUAUAACAAACAAAUACUAUCCAUAAAUAAUAAGAAAUAUAUCAAAUAUUUGACGACAUACAUAUUUAUCUGCAUCAUCAACGUAAUGCUGCAUGCAUGCAACAAUAAAUAUGUAUAUAAUUUAU